UUAAUCAAUUAUUUUUUAUUAAAAUUUUUUAUUCAACUUUUUCAUAAACAUACAAAGAAAAUAAAAAUUAAAAAAAAAAUUAUAUGGUAUUUUAGAAAAACAAAUUUUCUUAUAAAAUCAAUCACAAAUUUUUAGUAUCAAAAAAAAACAAAAAUAAAUAAAUUAUUACUUAAAAGUUAUAUAUGUAUGAAAAAAAUUAAAAAUAUUUGAACGAAUGCAGCCAUCUUCGCCACAAACGAACGGUGGAACAGCCGAUAUGGAUUUAACGGCUGUUCAAUCAAUGGAUUGGUUUUUAAAAAAAGAACGAAUCUAUUUAUUAGCACAAUUUUGGCAACAGAGAGCUUCAUUAGCUGAAAAGGAAGUUAAUAAUUUAAAAGAACAAUUAUCAUCAAAUACAGCAGUAACAACAACACCAAGUACAAACUCAUCAAAUAAUUCAUUAAAUUUGAAACAGCAAUCGGCAAAUCCUAUUACAACUGAUUUAUCAUCACGUAUUAGUAUAUCAAUACCACCAACACCACAACAAAAUAACGGUGCAUUUAUUGCUGAAGCACCAUCACCAUCACCACCUCUGUCGGAUACUGGUAGUACAACAAGUAGUAAUAAUUGUCCAUCAAAUAAUAUAAGCAUUAAUAAAAAAUUAUUCUCUCUUACAAAUAAUAUUAAUAAUAAUAGUACUAUAAACGGCAAUAUAAAUAUAUUAGCUAAUAAUAAUAAUAACAAUAAUAAUAAAAUGGAAGAAAAUUUAGUAGAUCUUAAAAUUGCACCAGAUUUAAAAAUAAUUGAACAGGUUACAAAUGAUGCUAGCAAAAUUAGUUUAAAUGAUAAUUGUAAAACACAAUCAAAAUUAAACGAAAAUAAUAAUAAUAGUAAUGAAAAUAACAAUAAUAAUAACGAUAAUAAUACUAAGAAUAGCAAUAAUAGCAAUAGUAAUAAUAGUAAUAAUAAUAAUUUAAAUAGUAGUAAUAAUAAUAACAGUAUUGCUAUAACCGAAAGAUUACUCGAUGAACUAGCUGCCAAAGAUAAAGAAAUUAAAAUAUUAGCAAAUGAAGUAUUACGUUUAAAAACUUUAAAUGAAGAGCAAGCGAAAGAAAUUGAAAAGUUGCAAGAAAAUAUUAAAGAAAAAAUAGAACUAAUAGUUAGAUUAGAAGCUAGACAAUUACAACAACAACAGCAACAACAUAAGCAAAAUGAAUCAAAAGAAUGUAAUAUACAAGUGGACGAAUCACAAAAGGUAACUACGGCGACCACAUCAAUACCAUUAAAAAAUUCAAUAAAUGUGACAACGACACCAGAAGCUAAAGUUGUAGAAGCACCAAUUCCAUCAACUCUACCACCGACAGAAAUAGAAAUUAAAAAAGAAAAUAUUAUUGAUGCUACUGCUUCUGAUGAUGGAGGUGAUGUUGAAGACGAAAAUGAUAUAGUUUCGUCUCCACCACCGCCGGCAAUCACAACAGCGCCGAGCAUCACGCCUUUACCGUCCGAACCAAAAGAUUUUCAAGAACUUUUAUUUGAGCGCACAAAAGCUUUGGUCGCCGCUCAACAGCAGCACCCGCAACAUCCAAUGCAACUUCAUCAUCCACAUCAUCUUAGUUACCAAUCCAACGAUAAAUUAAGCAGUUUAGCUAAUUUUGUUGAAGGUACAGGUCUCAAAACAUCUUCCCUGGAUUUUGAAAAUAAAUCCGGUGGUAAUAACUUAGCCAGUGGUGGUGUUGGUUGUGCUACUUCAGACUCCAAAGCCAGCACGCCAAGUUUACAAGAUGACCGACGAAAUGAAGAUAUAUUAGCACAAUCACCAGUUUCCCAGCAGCAACAACGAAAUAAUGAUAUUUUAAAUGGUGCAGGUGUUGGAAACAACGAUCCCGUAAUGCAAAGUGCGAAUAUAUUUAGUCCAUUACAACAUAUGCCAGGGGGAUUUCUUCGUGCAUUACCGUUCCCUUUCCAAAAUCGUCCGAAUUUUCAAUUUCCCGAUGAUUUGCCAAUGCAUGGUUCAAUGACGUCUCGUUUAGGGGAAUCUCUUAUACCCAAAGCGGACCCUCUAGAAGCAAAACUGCAAGAAAUGUUGCGUUAUAAUAUUGAUAAGUUUGCAAAUCAAAAUUUGGACACCCUGUAUAUAUCUAGACGAGUACGUGAACUGCUUUCAGUUCAUAAUAUAGGUCAGAGAAUAUUUGCAAAAUAUGUACUUGGGUUGUCGCAAGGGACAGUCUCAGAACUCUUAUCGAAACCAAAACCAUGGGAGAAAUUAACUGAAAAAGGACGUGAUAGUUAUCGCAAGAUGCAUGCAUGGGCCUGUGAUGAAUCGGCUGUGUUAAUGCUGAAGACAAUGAUUCCCAAAAAGGAUACAGGAUUUCCUCAGUAUGACUCUGAUGAACGAAGUCACAGUAUGAAACCUGACUCAGUAUCUAACACACCAACUGCUGCUGCUUCUAUUUUAAACCGAGGAAAUCAUCAAACACCACAUAUGGAGCACAGUAUAGACAUUGGCAAAGACGUUGAUGUUCAGCAACAUAAUGAAGAAUCUCGUUCGCCUUUACCAAAUGCAUGUUCAUCACCUAUUUAUAAAGACAAUACCAAAUUUAAUAAAACUGAAGAUUUCGCAGCACGUGAUAAAAUUGCGAGAAGUUAUCAAGAAGAGUUCGCUAAAAUGAUGAUGAGAUCACAAAAGGAAGAAUUUCCAAGUCCAUUUUUUUCACAAUUCCACAGUGGUGGGAUGCCACCAAGUCCUCAAAUGCAUAAUGAAAACAUACGUUUAGCAAUAGAAAAUUAUCAUCGGGAAUUAGCAAAACUUCAAAACUUUCCCAGUCUGUUAGCAUUACAACAUCAAAAUGCUUUAGCAAUGAAUGGGUCUGUGCAAGAUUUAUCAAUAUCGAAAGAUAAAGAUACUAAUAAAACAAACAGUGAUAAUCAAUCAAAAGAUUCAUAUUCAAUUAAUGAGCAAUCAAAUCAAAAACCUGAUGAUACCAACGAUUUAAGUCGUGAUUCAUUCAAUUUAUCUUUAUCACAAACAAAACAGCAACAACUUGAUUCUAAUAAGUCAAACAACAGUUUUUCACGUAGUGACACUCCGAUGUCAGCCCCAAGCCCAUUAGUAAAUUCCAUACUUCCACCUGCAAUAACUCCAAAUGAUGAUUUUUCUACAUCUGUAAGUCCGUUACAACGAAUGGCCUCAAUAACAAACUCACUAAUAACACAACCACCUAUACCGCAACACCACCAAACACCACAACGACCAAAAACCGUUUUGCCACCAAUUACGCAGCAACAAUUUGAUUUAUAUAAUAAUCUAAACACGGAAGAUAUUGUUCGUCGCGUCAAAGAAGCUUUAUCACAAUAUUCAAUCAGUCAAAGACUUUUUGGUGAGUCGAUAUUAGGCCUGUCCCAAGGUUCAGUAUCAGAUCUUUUAGCCAGACCAAAACCGUGGCAUAUGUUAACGCAAAAGGGUCGAGAGCCAUUUAUUCGAAUGCAAAUGUUUCUUGAAGAUGACAAUGCUGUACAUAAGUUAGUUGCUAGUCAAUAUAAAAUCGCACCAGAAAAACUAAUGCGUACAGGGAGUGCUUAUAAUACAAGUCCACAAAUACCGGGUAACCUAGUACCAAAGCUUGAGGGAAUGACUAAUAUGCCAUUACCAAAAAGUCUAGCCGAUAUGAAAAAUUCUCCAGAAUCGCUUCCGCAGCAUAUUAUGCAACAAAUGCGAGCUUCGAUAAUGGCGAGAUUUCCUGGAUCAGCCGCGGCUGCGGCGGCAGCAGCUGCUUCUGUAGCAGGCGCUCCUGGCAUUGGAGGAGGAGGAGCUGGUGGUCCGCAUCAAGGCAUGCUUUUAACUUCACCAGGCUUACCACCACAACAUGCAAUAAAUUUGCAAAAUUCUCAAGAAAAAAAACAAUUACCACAAAUGAUACCGUCGCAUAUACAACAACAAGUUAACUCAAUGCGGGGACAAAACCAGCAUGUUUCACCCACUGUUUACGAAAUGGCGGCACUUACACAAGAUCUAGAUACUCAAGUUAUUACAACGCGUAUUAAAGAGGCUUUGCUAGCAAACAAUAUUGGACAGAAAAUUUUUGGCGAGGCUGUACUUGGCUUAUCGCAAGGAUCUGUCUCUGAAUUACUAUCAAAACCAAAACCAUGGCAUAUGCUUAGUAUUAAAGGUCGAGAGCCAUUUAUUCGAAUGCAAUUAUGGUUAUCUGACGCAAAUAAUGUUGAACGUUUACAAACCAUUAAGACUGAAAAACGAGAGGCUAGUAAAAGACGCCGUUCGAUUGGAAUGGGUGGCGGUCAUGAUAAUAAUUCUGAUUCAAAUAGUAACGAUACAAAUGAUUUUUAUACAAAUAGUCCCGAUCCAAAUUCUGUAGGCUCCUCUGGUACGCCACCUAAUAAAAAACAACGUGUUUUAUUUUCCGAAGAACAAAAGGAAGCGUUACGUUUAGCGUUUGCACUCGAUCCAUAUCCUAAUGUGGCAACAAUAGAGUUUUUGGCAAAUGAACUAGGUUUAGCCACGCGAACAAUAACUAAUUGGUUUCACAAUCACCGCAUGCGCUUAAAACAGCAAAUGCCACAUGGAGCCCCCAAUGAACCCAUACCAUCACGUGAAAAUCAAACAGGAGCUCCGUUAAAUCCAGUUCAAUUCAAAAUUUUAUUGAGUCAGAGACUAAUGGAACUGCAAAAAGAAAAAUUAGGUUUAAGUGGGAUGCCAUUACUAUAUCCACCGUAUUUCGCAGCAAAUCCAAAUUUAGCCGCUUUAAUUGGCGGUGGUUUACUUCCAUCCAAUGAAAAUGAACUUCAAGUGUUAAAUGCGGCUUUCAAAGAGCAAAUGAAUUGUUUAGACCUAUCAGUAAGUAAUCCAACUGGUACUGGAUUGCCAACAAUUAAAAAGGAAAAUGAUCUUGUUGGUAACGAUUAUAUUGAUGAAGAUAGUAAAACGGAUAUCAAUGAUAAUGAAACAGGAUCAAACACUGACAUAAAUGAACUAAAUAACAAUAGCAGUAAUAUAAAUGAUAAUUUAAAAUCUCCAUCAAAUGAUACUUUUCAAAAUCAGAGAUCUAAUCAAGAAGAUGAAAGUAAUAAUACAUUCACAACAAUAGAUUCACAAUCACAAAGAUCAUCGAGAAGAAAAGCAAAUGCACCACAAUGGGUUAAUCCAGAUUGGCAAGACGAAUUGGGAACAAAACUCUCAACAUCACAAGCUUUAGCACCAACAACGAAUAUUAAUUUAGCAGAAGAUAAUAAUAAUUCAGUAAAUAAAAAUAUUGAUGAUGAAACAGAUAAAGAAGGAAAACAACUGUUAGGCGAUGAAACAAAUUAUUCUGCUUCUGUUGAAAACAAUGAAAACUCUCAAACAAUAAUAAAGAAUGAAGAUACUAUAAAUGAUACAAAAGAAGUUGGAUCCGAAUAAAAUAAUAAUAUAAUAAUCUAAAGAACUGAAUUACAAAACAUAUAGUUAUAGUUUUAAUUGACACACUAUGUAAGAGGGUUGCAAUAAUCAAAAUAAUAAUAAAUUAGCAUCUGUAUGUAAAAUUGAUCUCAAAAAGAGCCAAAAACUUCUUACAUUACGUAAGAUGCUUGUAUUAAUUAGAUGCCUAAAAUUUUACAAUAAAAUAAUAUUAAUUAUUUCAAAAUAUUUUUGUAUUAUACACCCUCUAUAAAGUGCUGUUAAAUUAUAUAAGUAAAUAAAACAAAAUUAUUUAUCAUUGAAAACACAUUGAAUUGCAAUUUAAGGCAGAAAAAGCAUACAAUGAAUGUAUUAUAAACGUAAACGUAAAUUUUUAAAAUAAUUUUAAAUUAAAGAAAUUAAUAUUUCCUGUACAUAUUAUAAUGUGCAAUCAAUUUCUAAAAUACUUUCGUAUUCGUAAGAUAAUUGCGAAAGUAUAAAUACUUUCGUAAAUAAUUAUUAUUUAAAUUAAAGUAUAAUGAAAAAUUAAUAAAAACACAUAAAACAAAAGUCUAUAAUAGUUAUACAAAAAAUUUUGAUUUUUUAAUGUUCCAAUAAAACCCGAUAUAAAAGUUUAAGUAAAAAAAAAAUGAAAUAAAUAAGUGCUAUAAAUUUUUUAAAAAUUAAUUAAAAUUUUUAAUUUCUUUAAAUUUCAAUUUACAGCUUUUUCGAGAAUGAAAACAAAAAUUUAAUGAUUUUUAAUUUUUUAUAUUUUUUUUUUUAAACUUGUAUACAAAUUCAAUUAAAGCUAUAUAAUUAUUAUUGAUAAAAAACAUUAGUUAGAAAAUUUGUAUGUGGAUUUUAUAUGAAAACAAAAAUAAAACAAAAACAAAGGCUCUCCAUUCUAUUAAAUAAAAUAAUAAAAAAAUCACUAAAUUAAAUUUUUAUUCUGAUAUUAUGUGUAUUAGAUCAUCUAACAAUGCAACCAAAAAGCCAACAAUCUUGCCUCAAUAUAGCAAUAUCAAUUUGAUUUACUUAUAAAUGAAACUGAAAAAUGUUAAAAAUUUUAUGAGUAAAAUCAGAAAUCUAGUUUUAGAAUUUUGGUAAAACGGUCUUCCAAUUUUAAUCAUAAUUUAGUUUUUUUUUUUAAUUUUUAAAUGCGUAAUUGCCUACAGUAACAUUUUCAUUACCUCAAUACAACUUGUUGAGGUUUCUCAAGGUUAAGUUAUAUUGUAUAUGUGACAAAUUACUUUAUUUUCCUACAAUAAUUUUCUAAUUUCUUUUAAUUCUAAUAAUGAAAAAUUAAACAAAUUUUUAAUAAUGAUUUUUAAAAAUAUUCUUUGAAAAUAUUUUUUUUAACACUUGAAUUUUAUAUUGAAAGGCGUAUGCAGGUUAAAAACUAAUUUAAAUUAAAUAUAAAUUUUAAAACUAAAAUUACAGAAAAAAAUAUUUAAAUAAUUUAUUGCACUUAUAAAAAUUCAUUUUUUAAUUGAACAAAUUGUGAUUAUUUUUCUUUUUAUUUUGUUUAAUUAAAUGAAAUACAUUGUAUAUUUUUGUUGUUUUAAAAUAAUGAAACAAAAAAGAAACAAAAAAUCAAUAGAAUAUUAUUAUGUUAUCCUUAUACAACAACAAAAAAAAAAAACAAACACAUCAUAAAAC